AUGGUGACGUCGGCAGUUGAUGAACUGAGGCUGCUUUUACACGACAAACUACUUUUAGAAAGAGAUGAUGGUGAAGUCCAUGAAGAGUUGGAAGAGUUCCUGGCAUACGUCGAGGGGCACCCCAUGCAGUUCACCGUGCUCGAGGUGGUGCCGCUCGACUGGUCGCUGCCGGUCACCAUUCUGGACCUCUGCAUCACUUACCAAAUCAUUGUUGUGCAGAUCACUAAUUUGUUCUAG